UUCCGGUCUCCUGCUCUCUCGUCUUCUUAUCUCUCUGGCAACUGUUAUCUCUUGCUACUAUUGUCUGGUCUCUCCCUAUCAUAUCAAUCCCUGAUCAUUCAGCAUCUGCCAAACAACCUCAAAUCCAGACAAAGCACAUGUCCAAACCCUAACAUCUCCCUCUAAUCAAUAAACACAGCUCCAUCUCCCUUCGCAUCACCACCAAAUACCAAUCAUGUAGUCAGCAUCUAAUUCAAAGCCAAAAAUCGAUUCAAACCCUACCACUGCAUCACCAUGGAUCCCUUUGCCUCCCACCUUCUUAUGCAUAUGCCUCUGUUCAAGCCCCUAUUCUAGACACCUCCCUCUUCCCCAUUGAUUUGGCUUCGAGGAUCUGAAAAAAUGCCACAUAUUGGCUUCCAUUCAAAGAAAAACGCAACCAAGGGGUUUUACUGGCUUGGAUCCAAAGAACCCCCCCCCCCCCAACAAGGGUCUCAAUUUGGCUUCUGGAUUAGCAAUGAUUUGGUGUUCUAUCUUUUGUUUCCAAAAACCCUAAUUCAGAAUCGAGGUCUCAGAUUCGUCUUGUUGCUUCACAGCAUCUGACCUGUGUUCUACUCCCUUCUUCGAUCAAACCUGAAGGUUAUGUGUUUUGUUUAUGGGUAGCUUGAUUUAUCGUGUUUAUUGUUGUCAUGAUUUGAUUGUAGAAGAUAUAGUUACGUAACUUUUUGGCUAUUAAUUCGGAGAUGCUUCUUCUGACUUUAUAUGUUUUCAAUCACAAACUUUUUGGAUGAACUUGUACAAAUUUAUUGUUCAUUUCUUGAUGUCUUAGGAGAUCUUGUGUUGGGAAUUAUUGUCAGAAAAGUGUGAUAUUGUUUAACGUUUAUGCUUGAUCUUGUGUUUCACGGUAGGGUGAUUGAGUUUGAAUUUUGAAACUUUCUGUUUGAAAUUUAAGCUUUCUGUUAUGCUUAUUCAUCUGCUGCUACUGUUGUGUUUGGACUUUGGAACCUCGCCUAUACACUUCAUUUGUUCAUUUGUUUGCUGAAUUGAUGCUGCCAUUUACCCAUUUGUUCAUUUAAGCAAAAGAAUGGCAAUUUUGUUAUCUACGACAGCUCCAGCUUCUUCAAGAACCAUGACUCUAAUUCUGAAGGUACACCGAUCAAUACGUUUUCUCCAUUGUACAGGUUUAAAAGAUCAAAACUUCAAGAAGAAAGAUUCAUAUGUUGCUUUAUCUAUAAAUGGUAGUCCGUCUACAACACGUACAAUCAAUGAUUCAAACCAUGGGAAAAAAUCAAGAAAAAGGUAUAACAAGCAACAGCCUCUGUUAAGCGAGGGAAGAGACUACGAUGCUAAUUCUGGGCUUGUUUGUCCUGGUUGUGGAGUUUUUAUGCAAGAUGAUGACCCUACUCUACCUGGGUAUUAUCAGAAAAAGAAGGUAGAGGUCACAUAUGUGUCUGAAGAUGAGUUUAUUGUGGAUGAUAUUGAUGGUGAACUAGAAGAUGGUGAUGUGGGAGGAGGGGAAUUGGACAGUAAAGAUGACGAUGAGGGAAAUGGUGAAUUGGGGAUUAAAGAUGAAUUUGAUUGGGAUUCUGAUUGGGCAUCCGAUUUUGAAGAUGAUGAGGAUGAUUUGAGUAGGGAGUUGGAUGGGUUUACUGCUGCCGGUGUGGGAUAUGGGAAUAUUACAGAGGAAGUACUGGAAAAAGGAAAAAAGAAAAGGGUGUCGAAAUCGGAGAGGAAGAGGUUGGCUAGGGAGGCUCAGGUGGAUAAGGAGGAAGUCACUGUUUGUGCGAGAUGUCACUCAUUGAGAAACUAUGGACAGGUCAAAAAUCAGACUGCUGAGAACUUGAUACCUGAUUUUGAUUUUGACAAACUUAUCAGUACUCGGUUGAUGAAACCUACAGGGAAUGCCGAUUCCACGGUUGUAAUCAUGGUUGUUGAUUGUGUAGAUUUUGAUGGUUCAUUUCCAAAACGAGCUGCGAAAUCUUUGUUUAAGGCACUAGAAGGAGGUCAGGAAGGUUUGCAGCGUAGUAAGAAGUUGCCUAAACUGGUUCUUGUGGCAACAAAGGUUGAUCUCUUGCCUUCCCAAAUUUCUCCCGCUAGAUUAGACAGAUGGGUUCGACACCGUGCUAAGGCACAAGGGGCACCUAGGCUGAAUGGAGUGUAUAUGGUUAGUUCUCGUAAGGAUUUGGGUGUUAGAAAUUUGCUAUCAUUUGUUAAGGAUUUGGCUGGACCUCGAGGGCAUGUAUGGGUAAUUGGGGCACAAAAUGCUGGUAAAUCCACAUUGAUCAAUGCACUUGCUAAGAAAGGAAGUGUAAAAGUUACUAAGCUUACUGAAGCUGCAGUUCCUGGGACAACACUUGGUAUUUUAAGAAUUGGAGGUAUAUUAUCGGCAAAAGCAAAAAUGUAUGACACACCAGGUCUUUUGCAUCCAUAUAUAAUGUCCAUGAGACUCAAUAGAGAGGAGCAAAAGAUGGUUGAAAUACGGAAGGAACUACGUCCUCGAACAUAUCGAAUUAAGCAAGGCCAGGCAAUACAUGUUGGAGGUCUGAUGAGACUAGACCUAAAUCAAGCUUCUGUGCAGACUAUUUAUGUUACAGUUUGGGCCUCGCCGAAUGUUUCUCUACAUCUGGGGAAGAUUGAAAAUGCGGAUGAGAUUUGGAACAACCAUGCUGGUAUUAGAUUGCAGCCGCCAUUUGGUGUGGAUCGAGUGUCUGAAUUGGGAAAGUGGGAAUCGAGGGAAGUCAAGGUGUCUGGAGCAAGCUGGGAUGUGAACAGCGUCGACCUAUCGGCUGCAGGCCUUGGUUGGUUUUCUUUGGGUUUGAAAGGUGAAGCGACCUUGACAUUGUGGACUUUUGAUGGCAUUGAGAUAACAGCCCGAGAACCUUUGGUACUUGAUCGUGCACCAUUUCUUGAGAGACCUGGGUUUUUACUGCCAAAGGCUGUAUCAGAUGCCGUUGCCCACCAAAACGAAGCUCCGUCCCAAAAUGAAAGCGCACUGGUCUGAUCCUUUUCACAUGCUGAACUGAGAUUCAUGCUUGUCUUUUGGCGACACCAAAAGCAUUCAAUGGUGCUUCGCCAUUUUUUCAACGACAAGCAUGUGAGUUUUUUAUUUCUAUAGACGCCCUGUUAGUGUAUGUUGAUAUAACAAAACUGAUUCGUCCAUAUUUUAGUGCUACAUAGCUUUGUUGUAUUUCUUAAUAAUUUAUAGAAUUUUGUACAUCUUAUUUGUACUCGUAGAUUGAAAUGAAAUGAUGUUACCGUUCUCGAUUCC